UCUUCGUCUCUCAAACAGCCACAGAUGUACUGAUCCUGACAAGAGAGAACCUCCAUCUGCUGUCAAGAGAGCUUUGGACAUUUUACACAACAGCUUGAACUUUUAGCUGGAGUUUUCAGUCCAUCCUGUUCAGGGCAACUUUGUGGAUUAUCCUUAUCUUCUGUAUUUAAGAGUUCUUAAUUUCUCCAAGAGGACCCAUGUGGGUAGUGGAGAAGAUCCGUGUGUCAGUGGACAGAUCUAACCUGCCUAUCUCAUCAGCAGAACUCAGCUUUAAAAUUGGUGACAUCAUGUUUGGGGAAAAAGGCGAUAAACUUAAAAGGAUUUCCCUCUGUCCUAAUGUCAUCACCCCGGACAAUAUCCCAGAGUUCUGCAUCCCCCCAACGAUCCCAUUGCUGCAGGAGAUGAAGAACCCGGAGCAGAGCCGAGCUGCCCGCUGUAACAAGAUGUCUCCCUGUGAGAGGGCGAGCCCUGAAAUAGAGGUGACGCGUUAUGAGCCCAUGAACCCGCAUAUAAUCCAGGUGGAGAGUGUGGAUGAGAGCCCCUAUGAUGUCUGCAGCGACGAGGAGACUACCAAUGCGGAUCCCCAGAGCCAGGCCGCAUUGUCUCUUCCACACAUGGCCAAAGCUCAGACCUGCUAUGGCUUUUGCACCUUACUGGAGAGCCCCCACACCCGGAGGAAGGAGUCGCUCUUCCACUCUGAUCCCGGCUGCUCUCCCCUGCUGCUGCCCAGGAGCCGAUCUGCCGUGUGCUCCAAAGUCUCCUCGCCCUCCUCCUCUCCUUCCUCAUUCAGCCUUAACAGCCUGACCUCCAGGCUUUCCCCAAGAGGAUACACCUUGAACUGGCAGGCCACUCUGGACAGCGAUACCACUUCCUCUACUGAAUCCUCUCCUUUCAGCUCGCCACUGCUCACCAGGUGCCCUGCCAAGUCUUCCCUCUUCAAAGCACUGAGCCAUGAACUGCUGUUGUCAAGGAACAUAAGGAAGGCAAUGGUGUCCAGGAACAAUUCCCUGUCCACAGAUGAAGGCAGCUCGACAGACAAUAGCCCCAAUGUCAUGAGGAGGGCAUCAGAUGGGUUAACCGAAGGCCUGCCGAGCAGCUACAGCCUGGCGCCACCGACCAUUUUCCCCAUGGACUUGACUCUGCACAGAGAGAGGGUAAUGAAGGAGAGAAUGGCACCCAUAGGGAAAGAUGGCAGCCUGAGACUCUCAGCAGAGUACUGCCCAGAUAACCAAAGACUACGGGUUCGACUGAUCAGUGCUGAAGGCCUCUAUCCGCUCUCUGUAGACCCCAAGAUUAUCAACUGCAGCGUCAGCCUCUCUCUGGUGCCGGGAAAAGUCCAGAAGCAGCGCAGCACAGUCAUCAGAAAGAGCCGUAAUCCGAUCUUCAAUGAGGAUUUCUUCUUUGAUGCUAUCUCAGAGGAAGACCUCAUCCAGCGAUCCCUUCGCUUUAAAGUGGUGAAUAAAAUGUCCACCCUGAAAAGAGACUAUCUCCUGGGUGACUGUGAUUUGCCUCUUUCUAGCAUCGUGACAUCAUAAAACUAAGUACUUCCUUAACUGUUUAUUUAUGUAUGGAAUUAUUUAUUUGCAGUUUUGUAUUGUAACACAAGAUUUUAUAAUGAGUAAAUUAUGGAAAACACUGAGGUUGUUUGUCUUCUUAUUUCAAAAUAAGACUAUGCUCAU